AUUUGACUCCUGGAAUUAGAAUAGCAUAAACUGUUACCAUUUUAACCAUGAUUAUUUUGUGUUUGUUUUGACCUCAGAUUUCAUUGCCCUGAAGAAGAAACGAAGAGUUUUCGAAAGCUAGGCUAUGAUUAAAGAGUAAACAUCUUUCUUUAUUUUAUUACUUGGUCGACAUCCCUUAACCUAUUUUACUGAAUACUACGACCGUUAAUUGUAUACUACUUAUCAACAUGGGAUUCUUUCAAGAGAUGUCAUCACUUUAUGGCAGAGAAGCAUCAAAGUUAAUGAAGGAGUGGAGUGGCAAUAGCAGAAGACUUGCAAAUUUGCUGAACAGAAGAAUAUUCUUAUUAGAAUGCAAGAGACAACGAUUAAUACCCAACCAUAUAGGAGCUGGAGUCAAAAACGUUCUCAACCUGUUUGAGUUUCAUAAUCGAAGUAAACUCAACCGGAAAAUUGAAAAUUUUAACACUAAUUUGACAAGAAAACUACUUUCUCUGGAGAUCGAACACACACAAUUGAAGAUUACACACACAAACAAGAGAAACAGCAACAUAAAUGAAAAACUGAAGUAUAUAAUACCAUCGGUCACCCUACAAGAAUUUUUCAGACGUCAACAAAUUUUGUUCAAUAGAACUUUCCAUCAGGUAAAAACAAAAAACCUUAGCAAAAUAAGAAAUCUCCAGGAAAAAUCUGUUAAUGUUAACUUCAGAGUGCAGGAUAGGUGGUUCAGAAAUUUAACUGGAGCUGAGAUACCACCAGAAGUUAAGAUCACAUUGUCACUGGGUUCAAAAUUCAACAUACCUGUUAACCUCAAAGAGGUGAAAGUAAAAGAUCUGAUAGCCGAUGUUGAGAGUAUAUUGGAUUUAGUCGAAGAAGACAAGAGAAACACCCUCAGAGCCAAGGUCACUAGUAUAAUCACCAGUGAACUACACAAAAAUGAAAACAAUAACCACUACAUAGGGAAGUUAUACAAUGUGACAAAAUCUUUUCUCAAAACAAACAACCAAUUGUUGGUGCUUGACAGUGACAAGGGUUCAGUGACGGUACUCAUGAACAGAACGGAUUACUUUACCAAAAUGUAUGAAAUUGUCAACACAGACAACUUUAGAGAGGUACCCAGAGAUCCAACAUCCACAAUCCAGACCAAGACAAACAAAAUCAUCAGCACACUGGAAACUGAAGGGAUAAUAAGCAGCAUCCAAGCCAAACAAAUGAAGUCGUAUAAUUCGACUAGUCCAAGAAUGUAUGGUAACCCAAAAAUCCAUAAAGAAAAUAUUCCAAUGAGACCAAUAGUUUCGGAUGUAAAAGGUCCAACUUGCAAACUAUCUGAGUACAUAGCUCAAAUUCUUACAUCAGCCUAUGACGACACCAACAAUUACUAUGUUAAGGACUCCUUUGAUUUUUCAGCCAAGAUUAAUAACUUUGAACUACCACCAGGUUAUGUUUUGAUCUCUCUGGAUGUUGUCAAUUUAUUUGGGAAUAUUUCCAGGGAACUUGUUCUUGCUGCAUUGGAUGAUAGCUGGGAUAAAAUAAGUGAACACUGCACGAUACCACAAGAAAAAUUCAAGCAGAUAAUUACAUUUCUUAUGGAUUCGGGAUACUUCAUGUUUAAUGGAAAGUAUUACUUUCAGAUGUUUGGAUGCAUUAUGGGUUCCAGACUCAGCCCAAUUAUAUCACUGUAUGUUAUGGAUUACCUACUUACCAAGAGUAUACCGAGAUUGACCUUUAUAUUAGGCUUCAUUAAGAAAUUUGUGGAUGAUCUGAUCAUAUCCCUACCUUCAUCAGGGAUAAAUGAAAUUCUAGAAGUAUUUAAUGACUUUGAUCCAAAUAUAAAGUUUACUGUCGAGAUGGAGGAUGACAACAACUCCGUCCCAUUUCUCGAUACAAGAGUGUGCAGGGUGGGAGACAGAGUUAGGCUUGAUUGGUAUAGGAAGGAGACCUCAUCAGGUAGAUUUAUACACUUCUUAUCAGACCAUUCGAUAAACACAAAAGUAAAUUUCAUUAGAGAGCAGAAAAACAGAAUAGAGAGAAUAUGUGAUCCUAUGUUCCUUGAUACCAACUUAAAAAAACUGUUCAGACUUUUAUCAGACAACUCGUAUCCCAAAGCAAUGUUAAACAAAUUGCUCUUUUCGUCAUCUGAAAGAGAAACACCAACCAGGAAUACUGAUUUGGGAAUCUUAGAUAACAAUGAGCCAAUUAAAUAUCGUAGCCUACCCAACAUACAGAAUCUAACUGGUAAAAUAAAGAAGUGUUUUCUGGGUUUAAAUUCCAUAAAGAUUGUACCCCAGUCGAAAAAGAAAAUUUCAGCACUCUACUCGAAAUUAAAAGACCCUAUACCAGAUUAUCUAAAAUCAAAUGUCAUAUAUGAAAUAGAGUGUUCAGACUGCCACCAGACAUACAUUGGUCAGACAUCCCAACACUUGAAACAAAGAUUAACACUACACAAAAGUGAUAUAAAGAAAAACAACCCUAGAUGUGCAUUGUCUGUUCACGCCAAUCGAUAUUCACAUGCUGCAGACCUAGAAAAUGCAAGAAUUUUAGACAUGAACAACAACUACAGGAAACGAUGCAUUUUGGAAAUGAUCCAUAUAAGAAACAAUCAAGAAAAUUCAAUUAAUAAAAAAACGGACACUCAAAACCUAAGUCCAAUAUAUGCCUACUUAUUGGAGUACUCCCGUAUACCAUUUUUUGACGGUCCUGUAGAUGGAUGAGAUUCUCGUGAAAUGUCUUUUGUCGGGUUGAGGUGAUUGUUCUGUGCUCUGUGGUUUUUGACGUUUCUAGAA